CGGCAACCCAGAGUACUGUAUAUAAAUGCUUGCACACACCCAGCACCCUCUCCAAACUCGGUAGUGUGCCAGAAGCAAAGCUGGUUUUCUCGGCUGCAAGGCAGACUUGUCAAACGGCCACACAGGACGUGAAAGAUGGUGCGUGCAAAGAUUUGGAUCUUGAAGAAGCACUUUGAGGGAUUUCCUAAGCACAGUGAUUUUGAACUGAAAGAGGUGGAAUUACCGGCACUGAAGGAUGGAGAGGUGCUGCUUGAAACUGUGUUCCUCAGUCUUGACCCAUAUAUGAGACCAUACAGCAGGAUUCAUCUGAAGGAAGGGGAUACAAUGCUAGGAUCCCAAGUUGCAAAAGUUCUGGAAAGCAAGUGCCCCACGUUCCCUGUGGGUUCCUUCGCCCUAGCAAGAGCAGGCUGGACAACUCACUUCAUCUCCACAAGCAAAGAGCUGUUUCCUAUGCUACCUAACUGGCCGGAAAAACUGCCCCGAUCUUUGGCUCUGGGAGCUAUUGGCAUGCCUGGGCUCACUGCCUACUUUGGCCUGCUUGAGAUCUGUCAGAUGAAACCUGGAGAUACCGUCCUGAUCAACGCUGCAGCUGGGGCUGUGGGGAGUGUGGCCGGGCAGAUCGCGAAAAUAAAGGGUUGCAAAGUGGUUGGCUGUGCAGGUUCGGACAAGAAAGUGGCCUUCCUCAAAGAAAUUGGCUAUGAUGAAGCCUUCAACUAUAAGACGGUGGGGUCUCUGGAAGAGGCCCUGAAGAAAGCUUCGCCCGAUGGCUAUGACUGCUACUUCGACAACGUCGGAGGCCAGUUUUCAAGUGUUGCCCUGGGCCAGAUGAAGAAAUUUGGGAGAAUUGCUGUGUGUGGCGCCAUCUCCUUGUACAAUGACACAGUGCCCCAAACAGGACCUUAUAUGCAGCUUAUGAUGAUCCUAAAAGAGCUGCGCAUGGAAGGGUUCGUCGUCCAGCGCUGGGCGGACAGGAGAGAGGAAGGUAUGACGGCACUGUUGAAAUGGGUCGCAGAGGGGAAAAUUAAGUGCCAAGAACACAUCACCCAGGGCUUUGAAAACAUGCCGGCAGCAUUCAUGGGAAUGCUCAAAGGAGAAAACACCGGGAAGGCGGUCCUAAAAGUCUGACGUGCACGUGGCUUACUCUGGCAAGAAAUUCAGCACAAUAAAUGACUACUCCCUCUUUUAACUGCCAAAAUCUCAUUCAUAAACAUGCCAGUUUGCUCCUGUUGCUUGCGUAACACGAAUAUGCUGAAAGCCUGAGCCCGUGUACUCCAAGGGUUAGGUGUUGGGAAAGAUUUGUAGUAAGUAGGAUGUCCAAUUUUAAGGAGUGGUAGAGGCAUGUGUAGAAUCCUCUGUCCUCUUUUAUUACCUUACAAGCCUGCAACCAUUUUUCUUCUGGAAAACAUCUGGUAUGAGCGGGGGGGGGGGGGGGAGAUUUUAUUGCCCCCAUAAGGAUGCUCAAAAACACCCUCCUUCCAAUCCAUAGUGGAAGUUACAAAAUUAAUGCUGGAUUUCUACCCUUCACUGCAUAAAAAUGCUAUUCUUUUAAUGUGUGGGUAUUUUGAAAUAAAAAUGAUUUAGGUAAACCAACAUAUUGAUUACAUGUCCAUACCCUAAGGAAAGGGGUCUUGGUUCAGGGCAGCUUACAAUUGUUUUGAGCCCUUAAAAAAUUUUUUUUGCUACCACCCGUUAAACAUACCCAUAAAUAUUUUGGCGCCAUGCAUUCAGCUCAAUGUAAAACUAACCCCCGACAAGGUUGUUUUCCUUAAGUUUUAAACUCUGCUUUCUUCUAAAUUUGCUUACUUUCUUACUGACAGCUGUAAUAAAGGAAUACAUAGCUGAG